AACCCCGCUGCACGGUAGCAUGUGACUCAGAAAGCCGAUGAAGGACGAGGCUCCCGCUGCCCUGGGGUGGAGCCCAGGUCUGGCUGGGGUGCGGCGGAUCUGUUUGCGUCGCCGUGUUGUAGGUGCUGUGCACUGCGUAGGGAGCCCACGCCUGGGCGUUGAACUGCCCCUCACCUUAUUCUAGGAGCCUUUUGACUCUCAAACUGCAGUGAACCCCCUCAAGGUGGCGGAGACGAGAGCCAGCAUAUCGAAAGCCAAACACUGUUAAACACUUUUCAAAGUAUCGGUGACAUUCCAGGAUGUGGCUGUGGACUUCACCCCAGAAGAGUGGCAGCUGCUGGACUGUGAUCAGAGAACCUUGUAUUGGGAUGUGAUGCUGGAGAACUUUAGAAACCUCACCGCAGUGGAAGUUAUCUGCUUACUUGAUGAUGCACUAGAGAGACAGGAGGGAAGCAAAGACAAUUUUUUGAAUCAAGAUAUGUUCACCUUCAAGAAAACACUGACCAUGAAGAGAGUCCAAAAUCAUAACCUGAGUAUAAAAUUUAUUUCUUCAAGACAAACACAACAUAAAUGUGAGUCAAAUGGAAAGAGUCUGCAACCUAAUUCACACUGGCUUAGUUAUAAUAAAAGUUAUACCGGAGAAAAUUCUUAUGAAUACAAAGACUGUGGAAAAGCCUUCAAAAACAAGUUUUGUCUUAUUAGACAUGAGAAAAAAGCACAGAAGGAAAAAAAGCUUUGGCUGCACUGAAUGUGGGAAAGCCUUCCAAAAGAGGUCUCUUCUUGUUAGACAUGAAAAAAAGCAUACAAGAGAAAAAAAACCCUUUGAAUUCAAUGACUGUGGGAAAGCCUUUAACAGUAAGGGACACCUUAUAGCCCAUCAAAAAAUUCAUAGUGGAGAGAGAUCCUUUGUGUGCAGUGAUUGUGGGAAAGCAUUUGUGCACGAAGCACAACUGGUGGUCCCCCAGAGACUUCACACUAGAGAGAAGCCUUAUGAAUGCCAUCCGUGUGGGAAGUCGUUCACUCACAACUCCUCCUUUACCCAACAUGUGAAAUCUCAUGCACUCGAGAACUCGUUUGAAUGUAAGGAAUGUGAGAAAACCUUUGAGUACAGUUUAUCCCUUUAUAAACGUUCUAGAUUUCAUAUAGGAGAGAAAUCCUACAGAUGUAGAGAAUGUGGCAAAGCCUCAGUGCUUGUCAUGCAUCAGAGGAUUCAUACAGGUGAGAGACCCCACGGGUGUACGAACUGUGGAAAAGCCCUCAUCAAGAAGUCACGUCUCCUUAAACAUUACUUAACUCCUACAGCAGAGCAACAUAACAAAUGUAGUGCAUGUGGGAGAUGUUUUAACCAGAAGACACAUCUCACUGUCCAUCAAAGAACUCAUAAACACAUGGAAGCUUUGUGAAUGUGGGAGAACGUGCAGUUAGCCUUUUAAUAAAGCAGCAAAGAAUUAAUAAUGAGAAAAUAAAAUACCAAUUGGAUGAAUGUGGAAAAGCAUGUUCUGAAAUUCAUAUUCUGUAAGUGGUACUGCUAAUUUUAUUGAGAAGAUAACAGAAGAUUUUGAGUUUACAAGUUGAGAAUUUUACUGCAUAGCAUAAAACUGAAGAAGUUGUAAACAAUUUAAAAAUCAAGGCAUCAAGCUGACUAUAAUUACAUAUAUGUAUUGCCCCAAUUUAUGAUUUUUAUACAAGUUAUACAAGUGCAUUGCUUAAGAAAUUUGUAUAACCAUAGGUUUGAAAUAUGUGCUAUGCACAUUACACGAAAUUAUAUCUGUUAUGACGAUGGUUGCACAGCAUUGUGAUUGUACUUAAUGCCAUGAAUAACUUAAAAUGGUUAAAAUCGUACAUUUUAUGGUGUGUAUAUUUUAUUGCAAGAAAAAAUAUAUAAAUAAAACCAAAACUAUGUCUGGUAAAAUGUCUGAUAAACACCGUCAUUGUCUCUUUAAAUCUAAAAUCACCAUAUGCAGAAUUGCUAAUUAUAAGUGAAAUCAGUGCCUCUUAUUAUGUAGAAUGAAGUUCAGUACUAUGAAUUUUAUCUCUGACCAUUUCUUGGCACCUGUGAAUAGUCGUGGAGGUUUUUACUGAGCCUUCUGGAGCCUCCUUUUAAAUAAUAGGAGUCAGGGACAGUGAAGAAAUCUUGUACUGCCUCUGCUGAGCUGAAGACAUUGGGUAAUAUGUUUUCUUGUCUCUGCAGAACACCAAAGCGUGUGUGUAUGUGUGUAUUUAAUCCUGAUUAACUGGGUACUGAAGAAAGAAAUCAGCUGUGUUUUGUAAUACCCUAAGCACUUAGUACAGGAAGAGAGGCAUUUCUUCAGGUAAAUAGUCAUGUAAAUAAAAGCCCAUCCUAUUUAACUGGCACGGCUACCUUAGUAGGACAGAACCUACUACUUCCAGAAACUUCUGGAAGAAAAUUAUUACUUUUUUGUUGUGGAAAUUGAUUCAGAGGUCUCUCAGGCCUGUUUGGAAGUUUCCAGGUGACUAGUACAGGUGUCCAAUCCAGCUCUUUGAAAAGCUUUUCUGCUUUCUUGAGCUGCUUACCAGCUCUUGUAUAAUUUGACAUUAGGUACAUUUUGUGUUUUCCUUUUAGAAACAUGUGAACCAACAGUGAUUUAAGUUUUAAGUGUUACUUGAUAAUGUAAAAAAGUCUUUAAGCCUUUCAGUGGUUGUGAGGCUUAGGUACAGACAGCAUUGAACUUGAACCUAAAUUCACCAAAUCAGGUUUUCUCUUGCAAGCAAAGUUGUUGGAUUAAAUGUGUGAACUUGGAAUUGUUUUAAUCUCACGAGCAUUUUUGCAGGGUGAUGAUGGGUGAAGACUUACUAUACCUGAGUGAUUUUCUGAAUAUCCAUCAGAUCUAAAGUUAAGCCGUGUCUCGCAAAGUUUCCAAUACUAAAUACUUACUACUAAAUACUUAAUACUAAUACUAAAGCUGAAGUCGGAUGCUUAACUGACUGAGCCACCCAGAUGUACCUCAUUAGAAAAAAAAAGACAUAUAUAAAAUACAGGGGUGCCUGGGUGGCUCAGUCGGUUGGGUGUCCGACUUUGGCUCAGGUCAUAAUCUCACAGCUCAUGAGUUCGAGCCCUGAAUUGGGCUCUGUGCUGACAGCUCAGAGCCUGGAGCCUGCUUCGGAUUCUGUGUCUCCCUCUCUCUUUGCCCCUCCCCUGUUCACACUCUGUGCCCCCCUCUCUCUC